AUGGAGACUCUGAGACAGCAAAUAAACGUCAGUGACCCUGACAAUAUGAACAAUAGGCAUGAGGCUUUGAUUAAAGCCUUGGUGCCCAUUCUGGAUGGGCUGAUUCUGGUGACUGGACUUGUGGGGCAAACUCUGGUCAUGACUAUUCUUACUGGCAGGAGGAGGAAAGAAAGUCAACCACCUCAUGGUACAGACACUCUGCUGCUGGCUCUGAGUGCUGCAGACCUGCUGCUGCUACUCUGCCUGCCCUUUCAUACCUCUGCCAUCACUCUGGGCUUAUGGCCUUUUGGGGACUUCCUGUGCAAAGCCAUCAGUUUCUUGAGUGUUGCCUGUUCAGCUGCCUCUGUGUUUACCCUGGCAGCAUUAGCAGUAACACGGUACCUUACAGUAGUGCACCCCACCUGGACAUACCGGUCAAGUAUGCAUAGAAGAAUUAAACUGACAGUUGCCCUGCUCUGGAUACCCGCCUCGGCGUUAGCAGCACCACAGUUUGCUUUCCGCACAAUUUCUUUUUCCAGCACAGUUUAUUGCUUUGCCUUCCUGUCCGACUUCAGCCGGCUGGUCUAUAGCAUUGCCCUUUUUUUCUUUGGCUUUGCUCUACCAUUAGGCAUCAUUGUACUGAUGUACGCUAAAAUCUAUUGCUUUCUUAGACAUGCACGUCGGAUAGGUAACGCCCCGCAACUGGAACGUUAUCAGCGCCAAGUCACUCACACUUCAGCUCUCCUGGUCCUAGUCUUUACUCUGCUUUGGCUGCCCUCUUAUAUCCUCAUGUUCUCCAUUAUUGGAGGAAGUGUAGCAGACUCACCAGGCUACAACACUUUUGCUCUUCUGGCCAGACUCUUGUCCUCCUCAGUAGCAGUGGUAAACCCUGUGCUGUACGGCUUCAUGUCUCAUAAGUUUAGGCGGGACUUAAUAAAUUUAGGAAGAGAACAGUGGACAUUGUGCAAAAGCAAUUUGAUUGGUUGUCCAUGUGUAACAAGAAGAGACACAGUACAGCCCUUUGAGCUGGACACAACCUCAGAAAGAAGUAAGAACUGA